AUGCCCUGCGUUCCUAAUCCCGAAUCGCGAACCCCAAAUGCGUCGUUCAAUCCAUCACACGCACAAUAUGCAUGCUGUUUUCAGCAAAUACACUCCAGGACAGGAGCCCUGAUUAUUGCGGUGUUUCACAUCGCCUUGUGCAGUUUGGUGUUCACCUGGCUCGUCCAUUGUCUCACCACCGACAAAUCGCCAUUGGAAACCGCUGCCGAGUUCGUAUUAUCGACGCUCUGCUUCUUCGCUUCGAUAGUUCUCAUCGUUGGGCUGAAGCUAGAAAAUCGACGAAUUUUGACUGGUUACAUACUUGCUCAAACGGUCCUUAUUAGCCUCUUAUUUAUUUUGUUUCUCGCUUUGAUAAUGGGUAUCAAGCCUGGAAUUCUUGAUGAUCCGGACCAAAAUGGUUAUAAUUCUCUUGAGGAGGAGCUAAUGAUUGUGUUGGAAAUUUUCAUCUCAUUGGGCGUCGUUGCAAUCGAAGUCUGGUUCCUCACCGUUGUCUUGAAAUCCUACCGGUUCGUCAAUGACAAAUACAACUUCACCGGAGGAAAUCGUGAAGACAACGUAUAG